AUGGACACCAGGAACGGCGGUGCCCACUAUAGCAUCAGUCGUGAUGGCAAUACCACCAUUGCAGACGAGAGCGAGGAUGCCACUGCUACUGCACCAGUCACUCAGCUUCCUACUCCGCCCGCUACUUCGCCCGUUCAUACUGAGUCCACUCGCCGUUAUACCCCAAAGCUGCCUCGUCACAACCGUGUCGCCUCUGCUGGCCUUCGUAUCACCAUUCCUAACGACAGCGAUUAUUACGCUUAUGCUCUUUGUCGCCCACUUCCAGAGUCCAAGGAUCCUAUGGCCUACAUGACUCCUGUUGGCUAUGGUUACACUGUUUUCGCGUCCACGGGUCAGAUGUUAUACCUGUUCAUCCCGGGACCUAAGCUCCCACACCAAGUUUCUCGGUACUCUGUUCCUCCUGAUGGCUCUAUUCGUCCAAUCGUCGCCCCUAUGGACUCAGUGUCCCCUCUUUCUCUACCGGGACCUAUGCUUCCACACUCAGGUUCUCAUGCCGGUUCUAUGCUUCCCGUUGGAUCUACGCUUUGUACAAGAGAGAACACGUCAUUUAUACCCGUGUCAACCAUUUCACAGGGUAUCGUGCAGGGCUCCGCACUAUUGAUGGCGAUGUCGAACUUCCCGCAAGCUCCAUUUGGCGCUUCGAACGUUUUCAUUUUUGCGCAAUACGAGGCGGCUCCUCCGGCUCAGCGUCCUUCGUCUUCUUCUCAACGGCAACCGAACGAACACCACACCCCCCUCAAACAGCGAGCAUUUGAAACCCAACGAACUGCUCUAAAGCGAAAAUUCGGCUUUGCUGAGCAUAUAGUACCGCCGAGCUUUAUGACAAACUCCGAUAAAAAUGGCAGAUGGGACAUUGAUUAUUACAGCAGGUGGUAUCCCUUGAUCGCGUCGAAAAACAAAAGACCGUGUCUUCGAUAG